UAAUUUUCUUUUCUUUUAAACACGAUAGCGUGACAAACUUGUUUUAUUUUAAACAACACUGUUUAUCGAAAACAAGUAAGAACAAAAUCAUUCCGAAAUGGGAAGAGUAAAGUUUGAGUGAUUAAUUAGUUCGCGGGAUUGAUUUUAAUUAACACGUUCUGUUAACAGUUUGAGUUUUCUCAGUGGUCCUUAUGUUUGUGUCAAGAUUUUGAGAACAUGGUCAAGUCUCACUUUGUCAACUUCACAUAGACAGGCAAGUGAUUUAAAACAAGGGCUUAAAGGGAUUUUCAGACAGUUUCAAUUUAAAUAUUGACAUUAUCAUUUGGGCGCAUCAGUGUUCUUCAGUGAAGAUAUAUAUUGAUAAAUUAAAUAAACAUAUCGAAAUGUACUUCUUUCGCUGUUGACUUUCGGUCGCUUUUAAGUUGAUGUACAUGUGACAUUGUUUAUUUAAUUGUCGGGGACCGUCGGGACAGUGCGAAAGAAAUUAUUAGCGAAUUUGGCGGAAGAGGAAGAAACCGUGUGUUUUUUUUUAAAUACUUAGUAACCUCUGGAAAUAGAAAGACAAAGAGCUAGGAAAUUAAAAAAUUGUAAAUCACAAUACAGGUGUAUUGGAUUAAUUUGGAGAUUUAAAAUACGGAUUUAAGAGAUUGACUUAAAAGGAUUAGCGUUGAAUAAUGUAAUAGUACAAUUAUUAUUAAACAGUGUAUUGUAUUGACGUUUGCUAUUAUUGGUUUAAUAUUUCCACCGCUUUCUGUUUACAAGUUGCUUAAGAGUUUUGACAUAGUGUGAUAUUUACAUAAAAUAUAGAGAUCGUAUGUAAAUGGAUCUAUAUCUAUAAAAAUAACUCUUUUUAAAUACGAGUUGAUAUUUUUUACAAACAGUGAAAGUGAAUGGUUAUUGCAUUUGAUAGAAGUUAAGUGUCAUUGAUUGAAUGAAGUAAUAAAUUGUUGUAAUUUAGAUUUAUAUUUCCGAUAGGAAGAUUUAAUAGUGAGAUAAACGGAGUAUUAAGCGUCGGCACAUUAAAGUUUGAAACUACUGUGUAUAUUAUAGAUGUGCUAACAAAACCUGAAAUUUAAAAGGAUAAAUAUAGUUUUUUAAUGAAAAUAAUGUAACUGAGAAAAAAACUGGAUAUGUAAGUUGUUAAAUUCAGAAUAAGAAUAAGCAGUAUGAAAUUCGGUCUUAAAAUACAAACGCUUGGCAAUUGCCAAAUUCGAGAAAACGUUGGAUAGUAAAACAAACAAGCAGGAUAAUUCAGAACACGGAGUGGAAAAAGUGUAAUAACAAACACGGAUUUUCAAGUCAAAAGACUAAAGAAGCUAUGGAGACCUAUCUGAAAAGAAUUUACGAACAGAACUCACAGCGAUCGAAGCUGAAAGCUGAACUUACAUAUAACGAUAGUUUUCCUUUCUGGGAUUACAGAUCAAGACGGGGAAGUUUGUCAACAUCAGCAUCAUGUUCAUCAUCAUCCGGUUCAUCUUCGUUUGACCGUUGCAGUCUGUCUUCUUUGAGCUCUAUCAGAUCUGCAGACACCGUUAGUGUCAACUCAAGUUCACUGAGUUCAGAUUCAGACUCCAUCAUGGUGACGAGCGACCCCUACAAACUUCAGUUACAGUUUCUUGUUGAUGGACACGAGGUCAUGUCGAUGAUGGAAAUGUAUCAACCUGUUUUGAAUUGGGUGGAUUCAGACUUACGAUUAUUCCGAAUAAAAGAAAAGUCUGACUACGGAAAUUGUAACCAGUCGUUUUGUCAGCCAAAACGAGUCUCGCGCAUGCCCAGUGUUGCCAUAAUGAUUUUCCUUAAUGAAGAAGGUCCAAUUGGAUAUGAACGAGUUCAAUCAGCUAAAAGACGAUUUGAAAAACCACCAUGGAAAUUUCAUCAUUCUGAGCAAGUAGGACAAGGAAAAAUAAACCCAUAUCCUUACAAUAGUCCGGACUACUUUUAUACAUCGGAGGAACUUCCAUUAUGGGCAGUAAGGCUUGUGCAUUGUGGGAAAGAAUUCAUUAGAAUAGUGUUAUUCACAAGUGAUGUUUGUUGGGACGAUAUGAUUCAGUUUUACAAACUUAUCAUAGGUUAUGAACCAGACAUUAAUAAAAGUGAUUUCUGUAUGUUCACCGUACAUUCACGUGACCAUUAUGAUGUGCAAUUUGCCUUAAAGAAACUUAAAGGAGAAACAAAUCCACGUCCUCUGGACGCUGUAAAACUUCAGUUCAGUGUAUCAGAUGUUGGAAGUUUAGUGCCAUUAUUUCCGAACGUUUGUAAACCAGUCUCCGACGGUGUUUGGGAGACGCAAGAUCAUGACGGAAACAUGAUCACAAUUGACGUCAUAGGAAAACCAAACCCACAAACAUCAACUCCCUCAGACAUUCGAAAUUUAACGUCAGCAUCUGAUAGGUCAAGAAAAUCCUCACGUUCAAGUCGGUCGUCUGCUCACUCAUCAAAAUCAGUGCAAUCGUUUACGUCAGUGACGUCAUCAUCAUCAACUACAUCAUCAUUUACAUCAUUAUCAAGUGACAUUUCAGAGAAAAGUGAUAUUAUUGCCAGAGACAAAGAGGAAGAUAUUCCUCCUAAACUACCCCCGCGUGUGCCUCUUAAAGGAAGACGUGCACCACCGAAGUUACCCGAAAAACCCAAACAAUGCCUCGCAACAUUACAGGGAUUUUAUGUAUAACAAAUGUAUUAUUUGAUCUCAAAACCUAUUUUUAAAUGAUGAAAAGUAUUUAUUCUAAUGACGAAGACCCUUAAUGGUUAAUGUUUUAGUUUAUGAGUGUCAUAUAUGAAUUUUGUGCAUUUGUUGCGUGUUGAUCAUAUUACUUUGCACAUGUUAACUAUGUUUUCCUAUUUCUAUAGACCUAUAUUCACAUCCAUAUGUUGCUGCAGUUCCGUCCAUUAUAUUUCUAAAGAUCGAAUGUUAUUAAUUUGGCUUAUUCCUCAAAUUUCCAUACCUAAUAAGUAUAUGUUAUAAAUUAUAAGGUUGAUAAGCUGAUUUGGGAAAAGGUAAUCUGAACAGGCGCACCGGUUUAAGUGGUAUAACACUCUCAGACUAUAAAUCCACUAGUCACGAGUUCGAUCUUCCACUACGAUAACUUAAAUUUUUAAUAACUGAUUUUGAUGAAAUUUAAAGUGACCUUUUACACGUUUAUAAACCAGUCGUUUCUUCUUGUCUUAUUUCCAUUUCCCCCAAGUUCUGCAUUGUGCCGCUUGUAUGUUUCAGGUGUCGACUAUUAAUACACGUAUAUUACAUCAGUACAAAUACAUUUACAUUGAACUUGUUUUAUUCAUUUUCAAGUCAUGACUUUUUCAGAAUGAAAAAAAAUGCUGUUGAUAUCUUUCAGUAGUACAUGUUUAUUCAAGCUGUAUCAAAUGUUUAAAACUUGAGAUACAUCGUUACUUGUUAAGACUGUUUGUGUAUAUGUAAAUUUAUUUGUAAAUAUAAAAAUGGUAAUAUAUUUAUAACUGAAAAA